CAAGGAAAGCUUCGUAAUAUACCAUCAAAUGGCGGAACUGAUGGAGAUCUUGAUUGACCGAUUCAUGGAGCUCAGCAUUCCCGAAUCCGUUAGAGUCCACGAGAUUUUCUGCCGAGUCGCCAAGCAAUUCGACGAGCUUGAGCUCUUCUACAACUGGUCCAGAUCCAGCGGCAUCGCCAGGUCCUCCGAGUACCCCGACGUGGAGAAUUAUCCGCAGAAGAAGCUCGAUCUCAUGGACGAUCUCAUCCGAGAGAAAUCCGAGAUCGAGUGGAGGAGGCGCAACGAGCACGCGCCGAGAUCGGACGAACGGGAACCAGAUCCGGAUCUGGAUCCGGACAUGAACGCGAUUAAGGCUCUUCCGCCGCCGCCGACGACGCAGGGAGAUCUAUUGGCGGAGACGAAAGAGGAGGAGACGUCGGAGAAGGAGAAGGUAGCAGUAGUAGGCGAUUUGCUGAGCUUGGCGGGAGAUGAAGCCGCGGCUCCGCAAGACGACGCGGACCGAUUGGCUUUGGCUUUAUUCGACGGCGGUUGUGAGUCGGGAUCCGCCGCCGCCGCCGGCGCGGUUUCGCCGUGGAAGGCAUUUAACGAUUCCGGAGAUUGGGAGACGGCGCUGGUUCAAUCCGCUAGUUACUUGUCGAGCCAGAAGGCACAACUUCCCGGAGGCUUUGACACGUUACUUCUCGACGGGCUAUAUAAACAGGGUACAAUGAAUCAUGCAAUGGCAACCUCCAACACGAUGUCCACCGGGAGUGCGAGCAGCAUCGCGUACGGGCCAACUAUGUUGGGCCUCCCCGCACCGGUGGAGUGCAGGCCCAUCGGCCCACAUGGAUACGUGGACCCGUUCGCAGCGUCACUCUCCAUCCCGCCGCCAGGGUACGUACAGAUGUCAGAAAUGGAGAAGAAACAGAGACUCUUAAUGGAAGAGAAGCUAAUGUGGCAGCAAUAUGCAAGGGAUGGGAUGCAAGGCCGCCAGGGUACGUACAGAUGUCAGAAAUGGAGAAGAAACAGAGACUCUUAAUGGAAGAGAAGCUAAUGUGGCAGCAAUAUGCAAGGGAUGGGAUGCAAGGCCAGGCCGGGUUCGCGAAUGUCCAAAUGACCAACUUUUACCCGUACACCCGAACCUAUUGAUCGAAAAAGAAACAGGUCUUUUGGGU